UCCCCAACAUAUUUCAUAUAGAGACAAAAAGGAGAACGCAGUCCACACACACACACCUACCUCACACUGCAGCGAGAGAGAAAGAGAAACUUUGAAGUGAACGGAAAAUUUCAUUCAAAUUCUUUGGGCGAGAAAAUCCAUCGUCCCGAUCGAUCAUGCCGUCCGGUGCGAAAAAGAGAAAGGCGUUGAAGAAGAAGAAGCAACAAGAAGCGAUUGGAACGAGUACAAACAAUAAGGGUUUCAAUGGCGUUAAUCUUCAUGGACAUGAUGAACAUGGAAGCCAAGAUGAGAGGGAAAGUGAUGGCAAUGUGAGUUCCGCUGGUUCUCAAGGAAAUGAAGAAUGUGGGACAAAAGAUCCAUCUGCUUCUCUAUCAUCUGGUCCGGUGAAGGGCUCUGCUAAAGAGACAUCAAGAGAUGCAAAUGUUAUUGCUGUUGAAAGAGGAACGGAUUGCCAGAAAAGUCUUGCCCGCAAUUCCUCUUCUGAAAACAGUGCUCACAAUGCCAAAAAUGUAGCUUGUCAGGAUACCUAUGGUAAAACAGUCUUGCAAAUCACUCCUGUUGUCGGUUCUGUAGAGCCUGCGGCUUCUGUAUCCAAAGUAGUCAUUUCUGAAAAGAGUAAGCACGUUGAGACCUCAACACACUCAAAUUUGGUCAAGCAGAAGUCUGAGAAAGAUGAAAAGCAUCCAUCUCCGUCACUGGGAAAAGAUAAUAGUAAGGUGGUUACUCUUCCAGGAUCUGCUGUUGGAACAAGCAAAAAAGUAGAGAAUGUAAGAGAAUCUGAAGUUACAGUAUCCUCUGAGGAAAAGCGUCUUUUACUGCCUGGUCCACCAGCCGUCCGAACUUCGUGGUUAAGUUGCUGCGGUUUGUUUGAUGCUAUGACAGGAUCUGACAGAUAAAUACAGGAUUUAGAUAAAGGUGGACAGCCAAAGCUCAAAGACAACCGCAAAAACAGGAUUCACAGUCCGUACACUAUUCUCUGUACAUUGUCUUUGAUAGAUAAUAAUGUGGGCGGCUUUUAGCAACAUACGAACAAGACCAACAUCCUCAACAGGGUUAAAAAUGUUCAUUUCUUUUUGAAUUACAGUCUUCAUUUGUUCAUUAAAUGGAUUUUAGAUUCAUGAGACUAAAUUUAUAUAGCUCUAUUUUCUUU